GACUAGCACAUAUGUGCAAGGGGAAUCUUUACCUUUAACUUAUCUAGAAGAGCACAUUGUGUCAUUCUUCUGGACCUGUAUCAUGAAAGUAUAUAUCCAAUAACCCUCCUUCUCUUUCAUUAGACUGCAGAUGAACCAAUUCUCUACCCACCCAAAACAUUCAUUUUACUAUUUAUUUUGCAUAGGAAAGGUUCAAGAAGAAAUUGAAUUGGUAAUUGGGUGCAACAGACCUCCCACCCUGGCUGAUAAGGCACACAUGCCCUUUACAGAAGCGACUAUUAUGGAAGUUCAAAGGAUGACAGUGGUUGUCCCUCUUUCUAUUCCUCGGAUGGCCUCAGAAACUACUGAGCUUCAGGGAUACAUUAUUCCAAAGGGAAGUGUAAUCAUUCCUAAUUUGUGGUCCGUGCACAGAGAUCCUAACAAAUGGGAGAACCCAAAUGAUUUUUGCCCGGCAAGAUUUCUGGAUGAGAACGGCCAGCUCCUCAAAAAAGAAACAUUUAUUCCUUUUGGAAUUGGCAAACGUGUGUGCAUGGGAGAACAGCUUGCCAAGAUGGAGCUUUUCUUGAUGUUUGUGAGUCUUUUGCAAAGUUUCACCUUUAUAUAUCCCGAGGACUUAAAGAAACCACCAAUGGAAGGAAGAUUUGGCCUGACGUUAGCUCCCUUUCCAUUUAAACUUAUUGCCUUAAAGAGAUGAGGAAACUUCCAAGAAAAAUGCUGCAUGAUGUUCACGUUACUAUAUGAAAUUCAGGGCUAUAGACGAAAUGUUCUUCACCAAAACCUAGUCAUUAGCCCAAACAGGCUAGGGAAUUUUCAGCCCAUGGGAUAUCCAAAAAUUAUCAAGCACUCUCUCCUCUGCUUGGGCUGUCCCCCACUUGAUAUGCUGAAACUCUUCAACUAUAGAAACAAACUGAAGUAUGUUGACCCCCCCCCCCCCCAAAGAGCUGCAGAG